AUGGCAGGAAUCUCGUCAGGUUAUUCUGAUGACUCGUGUAUCUCGCUUGAAAACUUGGAAGAUGAGAUUCGCAUAGUAUUGAUAGGGAAAACUGGAGUAGGUAAAAGUGAAACUGGCAAUACGAUCCUAGGGAAGGAAACGUUUACGUCGAAACAUGCAGCGACAUCUGUAACAAAAAAAUGCAAACAAGGUAAUGCUUUUCGGGAAAAUAAGAAAAUAAUUGUUGUCGAUACUCCUGGUCUCUGUGACACGAUAAAAGCUAAGAAAGACACAUUACAAGAAGUGGCAAAAUGUAUUGGGAUAACAUCGCCUGGUCCGCACUGUUUUUUGCUUGUCAUUAAGGCUGACAGAUUUACCCCUGAAGAUCAAGAAGCUGUACAGACUGUAUUUAAGUUAUUCGGAAAUGAUGUACACAAAUAUGUUAUCAUUAUUUUUACGAAAAUUGAUCCAAUUAAAAUGAAAGGGAUUUCAAAGCUUAACGACAAGCUUGCCGAAUACUUGAAAGAGGUACCGCCAGAAUUAGAGUCACUUUUACAGCUUUGUGAAAAUAGAUAUAUUGCAUUCAACAAUUCAGCACCCAAGGCAAAAAGAAAGAAACAAUUCAAAAUGUUAUUUCAACUUAUUCAGGUAACAGUGGCAAAGAAUAACGGCAUUUACUAUACAAGUGAAAUGUUUGAAGCGGCAGAAAAUAUAAUAAAGAUGGAAAUAGAAGAAGAAAUGCGAAAAGAAAAACAGAAAGCUCUGGUGGAAGAAGAAAAGUUGCGACAGGAAAUAUCGAUCGAAAAAGAGAAAGAGGCAAUCGUGAAGUUAGAAGAAGAACGAUCAAAAUUAGGUGAAGCUAUGAAAGAGAAAGUACUCCAGCUAGAGCAACAAUCCAAAGAAAUGGAACAAAAAAUCAGACGAGAAAUGACCGAUGCAAAAGAUUAUGAGAUCAAACAAAGGCUUGAUGAAGAGCGCAUAAAACUAGAGAUUGAAAAAGAAAAAAUGAAAGUGGACAUGAUUAACAGGGAACAACGUUACACUCUUCGAAAAUCUGUCAGGGAAAAAAUAGAGGAAGAAGAGGAGGAAUCUACUGGUAGAAAAGUAAUAGAUGGUGCUACAAAGGUUUUUUCUGAAAUAGGAAACUUUGCCAUCAAUGCGGCUCCAUUUGCAUUGGAGGCUAUAAAAAUUAUAGUAAAUAAAGAGAAAUGA